CAUUACGAAAGAGUACGGAUGGGAGAGAGGCAGGCAGCGUUUACUGAGAAAGUAACAACAAGUGAGAGCGCGGAGCUGACGUAUUAGCGGCGUCGGCGUCGCAGUCUGCUGUUGAACUUUCAAGGAACAAGCCAUGUGGAGUCUGGUUCCAGCGGAUCCAGGAGGAGGAGUAUCCUAUUAUAUUCUUCCUGAUCAGCAAUAUGUGGUUGGCAGGAAAAACUGUGCCAUACUACUCCAGAAUGACCAGUCAAUCAGUCGUGCCCAUGCUGUACUCUCUGUGAGCAGUCCCACUAGUAGCCAGAGCAUUCCAUCUUCUUCCUUAAUUCUAAAGGACAAUUCCAAAUAUGGAACUUUUCUGAAUGAUGAACGACUGCCUUCCGACUCUCCCAGGUCUUUGCAGCCUGGAGACAGAAUAACAUUUGGUGUCUUUAACAGUAAGUUUAGAGUUGAACGUACAUCCUUUGUUGUAUGUUCUUCCUGCCUGGAAAAUCGGUCCAAGGCAACAUUGAGCAAGUCUAUCCAGAAACUUGGGGGCCGUAUUGUCAACAGCUGGACUGAGGAUUGCACACACCUGAUUAUGCCAUACAUCAAAGUUACAAUCAAGACUAUAUGUGCUUUAAUUAGUUGCUGCCCAAUAGUGAAACCUGAAUAUUUCUCUGCAUUUUUCAAUGCUGUGGAACACAAAGAGAAUCCCCCAAGCAUCGAAAGAUUUUACUCACCAUUAGGUGAACCUUGUUUGAAAUCAGAAGACAUUGAUUUCCAAGCAAAGCCACAGCGUAGAACCUUAUUUCAGGGAAUGACUUUUCUUUUUCUCAGUGAGAAACAGUACAAAAGGUUAAAUUUACCUGUUACACUUGGGGGGUGUAAGGCCACACUUAUUGAAGAAGGAGAUAUCAACACAUCUUUGUUAGAGUCUGAAGGGACCUGUGUCAUCAGUGUUGAAGUAACAAAUUCUCAGAUUGCUUUGAGUUCUUCUGCAAGCAUAUGGAUUGAUUCUCUUACACAGAUAUUAAAAAGCAAAGGCUUACGGCUUAUAGCUGAAUCAGAAAUUGCACAUGCUGUGAUAUACUCAUCAACAGAAACCUACUGCAAUCCAUAUUAUCAGAUUGAUUCAGCAGAAUUCUGUGUUGCACAGAAAACCAUACCUGGUUCAUCAUUAUCUCAGACUAUUGCCAUUGAUGAAACCAUAAUGCCUUCUACUUCAGUAAAUGUUACAACUUAUGUACCAGACACCGAGGUUUUACAAAUUCACACAAGAAUGGAAACAUCUGAUAUAAGGGAAGUAGAAGAAACACCAAUGAAGGAUAGCCCAGUUGCAUCUUUGUUGAAUAAUAGAUUAGAUAAAAAGGAUUCACACAGCUGUUCAACAUCAGGAGCUGCACCACCAUUUUUCUCUAGCCACUCUGUGUCACGAAAUAUGAAUUUAAGUGAUCAUACUGCUGACUCUAAAUCGAGCAGUACAGAACUAACAGGUUCUUCUUUACCAAACUACAGCAAAAAGAUAAUUGCACAGACAAAUUCCCUUGAACAGGACAUUAAAUCUAUAGGCAAAAAAAGGAACAGAGAAGAAAAUGAUUCAGAUAACAAGCCUAUAGCUAAGCAUAUUCGAUCAGAGGACAAUGAAGAGAAAUCAUUACCAUGUGUAUCCUCCCAAAAUAGAGACUGUGAAUUAAUGAUUCUGGAAUACCAUUCACUUUCAGAGGAUUGCCCUGAAAUACCUUUAAUAAAAAAAAGCUGUGCUGAUAGAUCAGAAGCUAGUGGUGCCUCUUUUGCCACUUCACAGAUUAAAGAAGAAGAGAAUGAGAAGCAAUUGUCAAACAAGAGAAAAGAAGUUAAAAGGUUGUUUGUUGAGACUGAAAUAGAAGAUCUUGAAGAAAUCAUGUCUGAUGCAAUGGAACCACAUGAUGAACGAAUAACACCCAUCAGUAAAAAAAUGAGAACAGAAUCAGGAAAAGUAGUUUUGAUUAAACAGGAGACACUUGACCCCUUAGAUCUUGGAAAUGCACGUGUGGGUUCACAAAUUCAUAUUAAAAAUGAAGAUAGUGAAGAAGUUCUUCGUAAUCUCUUAUUGACUGAAUUUAAAUCUCUAGUUGUAAGACCAAAACAGUCUCCUGCAUGUUCAGCAAUAUCUAGUCAAGCACAUAUAAGGAACUUCAAAAAGUUCAAAAAGAUUCCUUUUCCCGGGUCAGUUGGGCUUCCCAACAUCAUUGGAGGAUCUGAUUUAGUGGCACAUCACGCAAGAAAGAGUUCUGAACUGGAGGAGUGGUUACGUCAAGAAGCAGAGGAACAAAGUCAGUAUGCUAGAGAGGAAUCUCUUGCAGAUGAUCUUUUCAGGUAUAACCCCCGAGUUGCAAAAAGGAGAUAAGUCUGAUUUCUUGCUGACACAUCACUGAUCAUCUUUACGGUAUUGAGGGGAUUCUUCAUUUCACUUACUGAAUGUCUGCUUUAGCCAGCUCUCUGAAUAAUAGCUCAGUAGCUGCAGUGAACCAAAACAAAGUAAUAAGCAACAAGCAAUUUGUAAUUUAUAUCAUUAAGAGAUAUAAUCACAUAGAAAAUAUUGUUUUUUUCUAAGGGUUUUAUUGUUAAAAAUAAUAAAAAAAAAUUUACAGAACAAAGUAUGGCCUGUUGUACUGCUCUUAACCACAUUUACAGUUUGUCAAAAAUGUGUUAAUUUUGAGUAAUUAAUGUUAUAAGCAGUUUCUUUUGGAGUCAUUUUACAGUACAUUUUGAUUAAUGGUGUUCCCUGAUCUCAAUAUAUGGCAAAAUAUAUUCUGAAUAUUUACAUAUUAUGCUGAUUUCAAUUAUCAAUGUCAAGAAUAAGGAUAAACAAAUUCACAUUUAGUUGACUGUCAAAUUGAAUUUAGAAAAUAUUGUUUUUUUCUAAGGGUUUUAUUGUUAAAAAUAAUAAAAAAAUUUUACAGAACAAA